CGCCCCGGCGCGCGCCCCGCCGCGUGCCCACCCCCGGGUGGCUGCUGCAGCCUACGCUGCCUCUGCCACUCUCCGCCGCCCGCUGAGCCGGAGCCCGAGCCAGAGCUGCUCCGGGCCGGACGUGGGCUUCUGGACCGUCGCGGCGAACGGGCGAUGCUCCAGCGGCCUGAGCAGCCAUGGAGGCCGAGGCAGGCGGCCUGGAGGAGCUGACGGACGACGAGAUGGCGGCGCUGGGCAAGGAGGAGCUGGUGCGGCGCCUGAGGCGAGAAGAGGCGGCGCGCCUGGCCGCACUGGUGCAGCGCGGCCGGCUCAUGCAGGAGGUGAAUCGGCAGCUGCAGGGUCACCUGGGCGAGAUCCGCGAGCUCAAACAGCUCAACCGGCGCCUGCAGGCUGAGAACCGCGAGCUGCGCGAUCUCUGCUGCUUCCUGGACUCCGAGCGUCAGCGCGGGCGGCGCGCGGCACGCCAGUGGCAGCUUUUCGGGACCCAAGCAUCCAGGGCAGUGCGUGAGGACCUGGGCGGCUGUUGGCAGAAGCUAGCCGAGCUGGAGGGCCGCCAGGAGGAGCUGCUGCGGGAGAACCUGGCGCUUAAGGAGCUCUGCCUGGCUCUGGGUGAGGAGUGGGGUCCCCGCAGCGGCCCCGCAGGCGCGGGGGGCUCAGGCACCGGGCCCACCCCCGAGCUUGCCCUUCCCCCCUGCGGACCCCGAGACCUAGGCGACGGAAGCUCCAGCACUGGUAGCGUGGGCAGCCCCGAUCAGUUGCCCCUGGCCUGCUCCCCCGACGACUGAAGGCACUGCUUCUACGCUUGAUGCCCGCCCGGAUUGCUCCCUGAGCGCAGGGACUGCUGUGAACCUCGGGACCUGUCCUGGCUGCGCACCGGGGACCGCUGCCAUGGACGGAGAAACCCUGGUACUAAGGAGGGCCCCUCGAUCUCGCUGGCGGGGCAGCAGGGGGACUGGAGUCUGGAGCGGAGGGACUUGCGGGGGGUUUUGUGGAGACUAAUAAACCGGGACGGAAGCAGA